UUUCGUAAAUUUCUUUAAAGCUGAAGUGGUGUACAAAAUUAAAGUAUUGUUAUGGAUGAUAUGCGAUUGUUAUAGGGUUCACAAAUAACCUUCUUGUGAAAUUUCAUCCUGAUCAUGUAUUCUAUUGGCGCUAAAAUUGUCAAACCCCACAAUGAAAAGCCGGAUGAGCUCGAAAAUACUAUUUCUCAGGCUCUCUUGGAGUUAGAGUUGAAUAGCGAUCUUAAAGCUCAACUUAGAGAACUGUAUAUAGUAGGAGCUAAAGAAGUUGAUGUCAAUGGUAAAAAAGCACUAGUUAUUUCUGUUCCAGUUCCACAGUUGAAAUCAUUUCAGAAAAUUCAAGCUCGAUUGGUUCGAGAACUUGAAAAGAAAUUCAGUGGAAAGCAUGUCGUUUUUAUUGCUCGAAGAACAAUAUUGCCUAAACCAACUAGAAAAAUGAAAGUUAAAAAUAAGCAAAAGAGACCCAGAAGCCGAACUUUAACAGCUGUACAUGAUGCUAUCCUAGAAGACUUAGUAUUUCCAGCAGAAAUUGUAGGAAAAAGAAUUAGGGUGCGUUUAGAUGGAAGUCGUUUGAUGAAGGUUCAUUUAGACAAAACACAGCAAACAAAUAUUGAACACAAGACGGAAACAUUUGCUGCUGUGUAUAAAAAACUCACUGGGAAGGAAGUAACUUUUGAAUUUCCAGAGCCGUUGUUCUAAUUUUUAAGAUGGACUUAAAUAAAAAAUAUUGAAAAAUC